AUGAAAGAUUUUUUACAACUAAGGGUCAUUAUUGCUUAUGAUUGUAUACCAAAAACAACAAGUGAUUAUGAAAUAAAAGCAUUAUUAUGCAUACUGGUUAAAGCCCUUGAAUCAUUUUCUGAUAUUGAUUUAAUUGAAUUAAUAAUAAUGUGUUUAAUACAUUUAUUACCAUUAUUAUCAGCUGAAUCGAAAAUUCAUAAAUUUAUGUUUUGGAUAGCUUUAUCAAUUCUUUAA